AGAUUAGUCAUCCCAAACUGCUGAGGUGAUUCUGCAAGGCUUCAACUCUUCACCUGAAGAGCCUAAAAUGUUAAGGGUGUGACAUCUGGGAACCAGUGAAGGUCUUUGUGCCCAGAAAUCACUGCAGCUUAAGUCUGAUUAAAAGUAGCAAAGCUGCUCUAGGGGAAGAUUGAAAUAGUACAGGGAAGUUGGUUGAAAGCAAUAUAGAUGCUUUGUGGCUAUAGCUCAGUGCCAAUGAAAUUAGGUCAGAAAGUGGGCAUUCGAUAUUUGGUUCCUGAUGUUAACAUAUCAUAAAGGCUAUAUCAUUUCCUUUCUAUUGGAACUGCCUGUGGAUUGUCACAAGAAAAGAGGAAAGCUGCCUGUCUAUUAAUUAUAUGUUGUACUUUUUUGGAAAUAUCUCCAAUUACUCUUAGCUACUAUACCUGGGAGUUAUAUUCCAAUCAAUUUUGAGAGGACUGGUCGGGAGAGGCCAUCUGCAUAAAUGUACAUACAGUAUCAUUGGCAGCAAUACUACUGAUUUUAAAUCAGUAAUAUAUUUUUUUGUUUGGAUUCUGCACACAUACAUUACAAAAGCAUUAGAAGAAGCAUUCUUCUAUGCGAAUGAUAAAAAGAAAAAUGCAUUUUGCCAUCUGAGUCAUUGCUAGUUCUUCAUUUGAUUUUUUUUCAAAAUUGAUGCCCAUUUAAUCUAGAUCACAUUAUUAUUCAUCAACUAAACUUUGCAGUCUCGUUCAAUGAGUGCUCGGAGGCAUACUUAUAUAUUUUGGGAAUAAGCUGUUGCCUUUUAGCAGGUUUGCAAUGGGUGUUGAGCAUGAUUAAAUUGGAGCUCAAUUAAGCCCUGGUUGGGGGUAAACAGCAGCAGUUGCGAUGUCUCAAAUAUGUUGAUGUGAUUCCAAAAAUGAUAAGCUUUGAGGAAUAACAGUAAUGUUCUUUACAGGUCUCCUUUCAUGGUAUUCCCAGCCUUGGCAAAAUAUUCUCUUGUUCCUUGAGCAGUCGAGGGGAAUUUCCUUCCUGCAGCACGAGAGAGGGUUAACUCUUCGUUCCAGGUUAACCUCUGUUAGCAUACAACCAGAAAGAGCUAAACCAUCACAAGCAGGCAGUGUUUACGAGACAGCCGUCAUCCCUCCUAUAAACAAGGGGCUUCUCCAGCAGCAGAAAAAGUGCAUUCCAGAGAAGCAGAGUCUGGUUAGUAGAGCAUCUGCCUGAGAGCAGGAGGGGCAGCCCAGGAGCUUGAUCUUCAGAAGUCGGCAGCUUUGUUUAGGGGCAGAGCAGGGACCGGUGUUGCUGUGGCUUUUCACCUUGGGUACCUUCAGAUUAAGAGGAAGACCCUGUCUGAGAGCAUUCAUUCCUCUUGGCUCGUCACACUUUAGACUCUCUUUGCUUGAUGACACUCAAAAUCCUGUUUAGGCAAAGAAAUGCAGAUACAGCAUCUGGGAGAUCUGGAUGGACCUGUGCUGCCUUUGGAUGCCGAAACAACGGCCACUUCAGAAGAAGAAUCAGAAAGAAUGCUGAAUGAAAGAAGCCAAAGCUCUGAUGGCAAACCCAAACUUUCUGUGGUGGGAUCCCAAGAGCCGGCAAAGAGGAGCAGAGUCCAAGCAGUGUGCUUCAAAGACAGUGGUGACAGCGAUGAAGAAUCAGAUUCUUCUGAAGAUGAAUUGAACACUUCACAGGUGGAGGUUUCUGUGCUUCAGAGGCUGGGCCUGCAUAGGGCAUCUCUGACAGAGCAAGAUGUGGAGGCAGCUUUUGCGCAUUUAGCCUUGGCUUUACGCUGCGAUAUGUUUACCCUGAGACAGCGAGUACAGAUAGAAGAACGAGCCCGGAACACAGCAGAAGAGAAUAUUCAAGAGGAGUUGGCAGAAUGUCAGGCAGUGUUGCAGAAAUUAGAUCAGGCCUGUCUGGACCCCAGGCAUAAGGAACUGGUUGAACAUUUACAGAACAGCUUAGCAAUUCUGACAAGAACAAUUGAAAGAGCAACAGGUGCAGCAGAGAAAUUAGGAGCUGUCCAUCAGGAGGCUCGCAUGAGUCGAGCUGCAGAACUGAUGGUGCAACAUGUGGAGAACCUGAAACGGCAUCACCUGAGGGAGCAUGCAGAGUUGGAGGAUAUGAAGAGAUUGAUCCAGCAGAAUUCCCGAAACUGGCAGUUAACUGAAAAUAAGGAUGAUGGUGAGCAGAGACUGAAAUAUCCCUUAGCACGAUUUUUUCCGCAGGGCUCAGCUCGGCGUAGAGUCAGCAUUGCAGUCGUAUCCAGGCAGCUAACGUUCCAUAGCUCUGAAAAUGAGGAAGGCCUGGAGGGAGAAGUGGUUAAGCCAUCAAUAGACAAAGAUGAAAGUCCACAAAGACAUUCCCAUUUCUCCCAAGAAGACCCUGCAGAGAAUCACCUGAUCCUGCAUCCAAGCCCUUCCAGUUUCUCACAGCAAAGCCUGCAAAGAGCAAAUAGCAGCCAUUGUAUCAGAGAAAGAAGUCAUUGUGCAGAAGGGAGAGAUUCAGAACUUACGAACAGAAGCCACACUAGCAAAAGUCUAGAAAAUCUCAAUGAAGGAUUGGGUACUGAAGAGGCAAACAAGGAAUGUGAAGAAUUGGAAGAAAAUGCUCUGCUGGUCAAAAAAUCUAAAUUGGAGAUUUGCAGAGCCUGGUUUUCUAUACCCAUAUACUACUGGGUUUCAUUAUGGAUGUUUGUCUUGGGGAUUGCUUGCCUUGUUCUAAUCUGGAUCUUGGAGCUGCAGAAGCAAUGUUCAUUUACAGCCUCUGAUUGUUAGACACAAAAGGCACAUAACUUUGCAUCAUCAGACUUACGGAAAAAUAAAAAAGGAAAACAAUA